ACACAUAUCCAUAUCCACCGAUCAAGCCUGCACACAUACAGCCUAAUAGCUCAAGGCAAUAUUAAUCAAGUUAGAUCGAGCUCGAUCUAAUUAAGCUUAGAGCGAUGGCUGCAGCUCGGGCAGCGAUCAUGGCGGCGGUGGUGCUGCUGGCGUGCGCCGCCUACGAGGUGUCGGCGCAGCCGAGGAGGCUGCCGGGGAACGCGCAGGUGUUCAGGCCCAAGAAGUUCGGGCAGAGAGACCAGGCUUUCAACUGCAACGGCACCAAUGGCCGCCAGGAGACCUGCUUCUGCGACAAGCGAUGCCCCAACGAGUGCAUCAUGGAGUGCCCCGGAUGCAAGAGCUUCUGCUUGUGCGACUUUUACCCCGGCGUGGUCUGCGGCGACCCGCGCUUCACCGGCGCCGACGGCAACAACUUCUACUUCCACGGCAAGAAGGACCAGGACUUCUGCAUCGUCUCCGACGCUGACCUCCACGUCAACGCUCACUUCAUUGGGAAGAGCAACCCCACCAUGAGCCGCGACUUCACCUGGAUCCAGGCCCUCGGCAUCCGCUUCGCCGACCACCGUCUGUACAUGGGCGCCCAGAAGACCGUCAAGUGGGACGACGACAUCGACCGCCUCGAGCUGACCUUCGACGGCGCUCCCAUCGAGAUCCCCGUCAAGGACGGCGCGAGGUGGGAAUCCGCCGCCGUGCCCGGGCUGACCGUCACGAGGACUGCCGCCGUCAACGGCGUCACCGUGCGGCUCGCGGGGGUGUUCGACAUCAUGGGCAAGGUGGUUCCCAUCACCAAGGAGGACUCACGCGUCCACAACUACGGCGUGACCGAGGAUGACACCCUCGCCCACUUCGACAUCGGCUUCAAGUUCCAUGACCUUUCCGACGACGUCCAUGGCGUGCUCGGCCAGACCUACCGCCCCGACUACGUCAACAUGCUCAGCGUCACCGCCAGCAUGCCGGUCAUGGGCGGCUCCCCCAGCUAUGUCUCAUCCGACAUCUUCGCCACCGACUGCACCGUCGCCAGGUUCGGCCGCAAUGCCGGAAUCGCCAUGGUCACCGGCAGUGCCAACUAAACACACCAAGCUUGGACGGAUGGCUAGCUAGCUCUAAUAUGAUCGUCCGGCCGAUCUUGCGCGCUAGCCUAUGAAUAACUAAUUUAAUUAAGUUGAUCUGAAAGAGCAUGGAACUGAUGAUGAUGCCAACAUGCAUGACACGUACAUGUCACGGACAUUUAUAAUUUCUGCAAUUGAUGUUGCAAGUGGAAUAAGAUAUUACUACUGGUGAUGAAGACUUUAUAUUUGAAGAAAUUGACUAUAUACAUUUGUUUUAUGUAACUUGUGCAAUUCAUAUUGCAAAUCGAAAAAGAUUUGGACUGGCUAUUACUA